AGUUCGACACUUCGACAGGCGUAAGCGGUCGACGGUCGUAUCUAUUAUUAUUCGCUUUACAUUAGUAGGUACCAGCCGUAUAAUACAUUCAAAUAUUAUAUAUAUAUAUAUAGGCGUGUGGUAAUAUAAUUUAAACGAAAAUGGACAAAUGGGUAGGAAAAGUCGCCGUGGUCACGGGGGCGUCGUCUGGGAUCGGAGCGGCUACGUGUAGGCGACUGGUUGACAGUGGAAUGAUUGUCGUCGGAUUUGCCAGGAGGGAAGUCAGACUCAAGGAGUUACGAAAAGAGUUGAUCGGAAAACUGGGUGAAUUUCAUUAUUACAUAGUUGAUUUGUGUCUGGAACAAAAUAUCCAAGAAGCAUUCGCAUGGGUAAAGAGCACAUUGAAGUCAGUCGACGUAUUAGUAAACAAUGCUGGAGUUUGGAGAAAUAGUGACGCACUAGGAAACCCACAAGACUGGAAACUGAUGUUUGACACCAACGUGUUAGGAUCGAGCAUUUGCAGUAAAGAAGCCGUGAAUAUCAUGAAGGAGCUGAAAAUAAACGGUCACAUAAUAAAUAUAAAUAGUGAUAUUGGCCAUUAUCCACCAACUUUAAUGGCAAACAUGUCUGUCUAUAGUGCGACCAAGUUUAGUAGCGUUUCAAUAACUGAAAGUUUACGAGAACUGUUAGCCUUACAUAUGUUACCAAUCAGAGUCACUAGCAUUAGUCCGGGAUUAGUAGAUACCGAAAUGGUUGAAGAUGUGAUGCCCGGUGCACCAAUAUUGAAGCCUUCAAAUAUAGCUGAUGCAAUUAUAUAUGUUUUGGCAGCACCGCAAUACGUUAACGUUUCUGAAAUGAUUAUUCGGCCAACAAGUGAGACAAUGUUACCGUUUAUUAAAGACGCGUUUCAAGAAUUAAAUAUUAAUUUGUAAUAUUAUAGACGACCUUCUUUAUACCUAUUUUAAUAAUUACAUGUAAAUAAUAC